CACGCCUGAGCUCUCGACAGCUAUCCCUCCGCUUCCAUUCCAAUCACAACAACACUUCUCACGGCACCCCAUAGCUCACAAACCCACAAUAGUCGGGUAGCGAUGUCAGGCCCCGAACCCUACCGCGACCGUGACGACGAAGUAUCCGCCAGCUUUUCACCUCCCGACACCACACGGGACUCCAUCGACAGCACCUCCACCACCUCGCUGAUCCUCGAGCGCAUCAAUACUCAGCACAAGACGCCGCGCUACGAUGAUCCCGAAAAGCCCGAGGGCGUGUUUUCCGACGAUGAAGACGACGAUGACGACGACGACCUCGAGUGCGGCAGCGGGCGGCUGGGAGGCGUGGGCGGCACGAAGCAUACCAUUGAGAAGAAGAUGACGCGGGCGGUGUACAUCGUUGGCGGGUUGCUUGUUGCCAGUUGGUUGCUCGCGCUCGUCGUGUAUCUGUCUCGCGAGGCGUACCGCUACCAGUCCUCGCCGCAUGAUCCCGACGCGACGGUGAUGAAACCGGGAAAAUCGAUCACGAUGGAACAGGUGCAGAGUGGCAUGUGGCGGGCGAGGAAAAAGGGCAUCAGGUGGAUCAACGGCGAGAAGGAUGGGCUCAUGUUGGUGCCGAAUGGGGCCGGCGACCAGUUCCUAGAGGUUCAGGAUGUCAGGGACGAGGCUAAUCGUAGGGUCCUCAUGAAGAAGAGGAGUGUGGAGUGGGAAGGCCAGACGAUCACUGUCAGCCAGUAUUGGCCGAGUCCGGAUUUGAAGCAUGUUCUGUUGGCCAGUGAAACGCAGUCGCAUUGGAGACAUUCGUUUUCGGCGAAGUAUUGGCUCUUGAAUGUGGAUACACAGAAGGCGGAGCCGUUGAUCCCCGGGAAGAAGGAUCAGCGACUCUCACUGGCCGUGUGGGCGCCGACCAGCGAUGCCGUAGCUUUCGUGCAGGACAACAAUCUCAAGAUUCGGCAGCUCUCGGACAGUGGGGAUACCAUCGCGGUUACCACGGACGGCGGUACGGAUACCUUCUACGGCAUCCCUGACUGGGUAUACGAAGAAGAGGUAUUCGCGGGUGCCAAAGCGCUAUGGUGGAGUGAGGACGGAAAACACGUGGCAUUCUUGCGUACGAAUGAAACCAAGGUUCCCGAGUAUCCUCUCCAGUACUUCGUCUCCAGGCCAUCAGGGGAGUACCCGCCCGAGGAACUCGAGAACUAUCCAGAGCUAGACUUUAUCAAGUAUCCCAAGGCUGGCGCGCCGAACCCCGUGGUCGACCUGCAGUUCUUCGAUCUCGAAAAGAAACAGGUCUUCUCGGUCGAUAUCAAGAAUGAUUUCCCGGAUGAUGAUAGACUAAUCACGGAGGUGGUGUGGGCCGGGGCCGAACAGGUUCUCAUCCGUGAGACCAAUAGGGAGAGUGAUCUCCUUAGGAUGAUCUUGAUUGACGUUUCCACUCGCUCUGGAAAGGUGGUCAGGGAGGUUAAUGUUGCUGAGCUUGAUGGAGGCUGGUUCGAAGUGUCACAAUCUACCGCAUACAUUCCCGCGGCACCUGAGAAGGGCAGAAACGAGGCUGGCUACAUCGAUACUGUAAUCCACGAGGGCUACGACCAUUUGGCAUACUUCACCCCAUUGGACUCUGAGGAGCCCAUUCUCCUGACUCAAGGCAAAUGGGAGGUCGUCGAUGCCCCCUCCGGUGUCGAUCUUGAGAAUAAUCUGGUUUACUUCGUCGGUACCGAACGCUCCCCAAUUGAGCGUCACGUCUACAGUGUCAGGCUUGACGGCACCGACAUGAAGGCGCUCACCAACACUUCCGCCGACGGCCGUUACGAUGUAUCCUUUUCUGAACGCGGCGGGUAUGCCCUACUCAGCUAUAACGGCCCGGGCAUCCCGUGGCAAAAAGUCAUUGGCACCCCAACCGUCGACCCAAAGUUCACCCAGACCCUCGAAGACAAUGCAGCCCUGGCGAAACUCGCGAGCGAAUACGAGCUCCCAACCUUCCACUACUCGACGGUCAACGUCGACGGCUUCGAUCUGCAAGUCCUCGAGCGCCGACCUCCCCACUUCAACCCAAAGAAGAAGUACCCCGUCUUGUUCCACGUCUACGGUGGUCCCGGCUCCCAGCUCGUCACCAAAGCCUUCAACAUCGACUUCCAAGCGUAUGUAGCCGCAGGCCUCGAAUACAUUGUCGUGACUGUCGACGGCCGAGGCACCGGCUACAUCGGCCGCAAAGCCCGCUGUGCCGUUCGCGGCAACCUCGGCUACUGGGAAUCCCACGACCAAAUCAGCACUGCCAAGAUCUGGGCCAAGAAACCCUACGUGGACGCCAGUCGCAUUGCCAUUUGGGGCUGGAGCUAUGGCGGGUUCAUGACGCUCAAGACGCUCGAGCAGGACGCAGGACAAACGUUCUCCUACGGAAUGGCUGUCGCCCCUGUCACCGACUGGAGGUACUACGACAGCAUCUACACUGAGAGAUAUAUGCACACCCCGCAGCAUAAUACGGAGGGCUACGACAAUGCCACAGUCUCGAAUAUGACGGCGUUGCGCAGCAAUGUCCGUUUCCUCCUGAUGCACGGUGUGGCAGACGACAACGUCCACUUCCAGAACAGUCUUACGCUCCUUGACCGCCUUGACGUUGCAGGGGUAGAGAACUACGACGUCCAUGUCUUCCCGGAUUCGGAUCAUAGUAUUUAUUUCCAUAAUGCAAACCGAAUGGUCUACGAUCGCCUACGACAGUGGAUCAUCCGCGCGUUUAAUGGCGAGUAUGUGGGGCUGGAUGACUUGAAGCCGGUUCAAAAUCUAGUCAUUGCUGCGGAUUCGAGAGAGAAGGUGUAAUUGAGUGGGUGAGGGUGUAUGACUAUUAGUAUGAGCAUGGUGGAUCUUGGGAGUCUUUGGUUUGAUGAGCUUUAUUUGGACGUGUCGGAUGAUUGGAUGUGUGGGAUGCGAAUGGAUUUUGUCGACGUCAUGAUUUUUAUGUGGCGAUACAGAAUUCCAAUUUAUUUCAUUAGACCAGAAAUCCAUAACUGCGAGUGACGGAG